AUGCUAGGAGACACCGUCGCCGAUGCCCUUGAACAACUCACCGCCGAACAGAUUGAGCAGUUCCGCAAAUACUUCAAUAUGUUCGAUAAAGAAAACAAAGGAUACAUCAGAGCCACUCAGGUCGGACAAAUUCUGCGAACAAUGGGACAAGCUUUCGAAGAACGUGAUCUGAAGCAGCUCAUCAAGGAAUUCGAUACUGAUGGUAGGAUAAUUUGGCUAACUCAAAUGAUGGCCGUAGGUUUCCAGAACCUCUCCGAACUUCUCGGAAAUCUGGUAUUGGAACGAUCUCUGACCAUUACAGGCUCGGGUGAAAUCGAAUUCGAAGAAUUCGCCGCUAUGGUUGCCAAUUUCGUUGUGAACAGUGAAGAUAACGAGGGAUUGGAAGAAGAACUUCGUGAAGCUUUCCGACUCUACGACAAACAGGUCCGUGUACCAACGAAUCUCUAA